AAACCAAGUUACCAACUGCCACGCAAAGGAACAGCAGAACGCGGUUGUAAUUCUAGGCGUGUCACUGUAGCUCACUUUCCUCUUUUCUUCUUUGAAAGGUCCCUGCUUUAUAUUACAACUGUGGAGAAUAAUCCCCAGGGCAGAGUUACAAACUGGAACAGAAGGAAAAUGUAAAAUUACAUCCAAGUCCCUUAAGUCCAUCAUUGCGUGGAAUGUAGGUUAGAAGCAUCAGCAACAAAGAAUAGGAGAAUGGCCAUAAGAACGGAGGUGUAUGCCUUCUCCGACCGGUGCAGAACAUAGAAAAAAUGGCCAUAAUCAAAGUUGAGCAUAGAAAAAAACUUGGCUGCUAUGAUUAGGAGAUGUAAAAUCUGGCAAACUUGGAGAACUUGAACAUGGAAUUUUAUUGGGAAUGAAAAAAAGGGAAAAUAAUGAAACACAGAUCUCAGAAUCCUAAUCUCCAUCGAUACUACAGCUCCGGCAGAAACCAGAGCAAAAACAGGCCAUGGAUAGGAGCAUAGAUCUAUGUAGAGCUUAUUAGAGAUGCUCUUCUCUAAAUCCUCAGACACAAAAUCUUCAGUACCAGACACUCCGGCAGUGAAGAGUGGCUCACAGGAGAUAGAGGGAGACAGGGCCGUCUCCAGGAAUUUGAGGCCCCGGAGCGAAUGCAAAAAUGAAAUCUUAUUUUUGUAAAAAGAUCACAUAACUAACACAGCUAAAUAUAUUUUCAAUUAAUUAUUCAACCUCAAAAUUUUGAUAUUUUAUACAGUACAAUAUUAGAAAUAUAUCAUAUAUCAAUCAAUGUUAAAGGAGUCUAGCGAUGACUGAAUGAUUAGAAAAAUAGUUUAACAAUGGACCGAUGAAUUUAUUGAUCGAUCGAGUAUGGACUUACCAAUUAGGAACGGAAUAGUGGCGGAUGUGGAGGGUAGGUGCCGCGAACAGAGUCUCGCCGAGACGACCGGAUCGAUCAAUCGGUCGAUUGCGUUGCAAAACAACAAAAUUAAUGAUCGAUGGACUGGCCUGGAGCUGGUUAGGUCGGUCGACCAUCACAAUGCAUCACUGAACUAGUCAAUGAGUGUUGCGGGCCUUGAGAAGCUACGCGUGCACGGCCCAACAAAGUGCUUAAGCAUGUAAAUAGAUGGAUUAAUUAACCUACAUAAGUGUGUGAUUUGGAGGCCCCAUUUUUUGGGUGGCCCUGAGCAAUCAUGCACUUCGCUCACCCUCGUCGACGGGCCUGGAGGGAGACGUCGAUGGCUCCAAAUCGACGAUGAGCAGAGGAAGAGAGCCCUACCAAAAACUAUACACGCACGCACCUCCCUCCCCCUAGCACUCUAGUUGGCGCUCCCUCCAUAGAUUCUUUGGUCAAGAAUUGUUUUCGAUUUUUUUUAUUUUGACUUGAUUGAAAUUAAGUGGAUGCAAUGAAAAAAGAAAUUGAAUUAGACUACUAUUUCAAUCCACUGAUCUAUUCUAUAUAGAUUCAAAGCUAAUAUAAUAGAAAGAAAAGACUCUAAAGUGUGGUAGAAAAAACUACAUACCACACUUUAAGAUUCCAACCGGAUCCUUUCAUUUAAGACUUGGAUUUUUUUAUUUAAUCCCUUUUUCAUUUCUUCAGUGAUUAAUUGGAAUUCCAAUUAAUUAGCGAGAGUGAGAGGAGAAGAGCGGUUCCAUUUUCCUUUCUCAAACACCGAACACUGUAAUUAUUUUAGGCGUGUCGCGAACAUGAUUCUACUUAGCUCUAGGUAAAACCUAGGGUGUGCGCUUCAGGUUUAGCUGAUAACUCGUUUUGGUUUUUCUAUUUUUUUAGUAAUUCGGUUAACGAGAAAUGUCCACGAUUCAGCUAACUGAUGAUUGGAUUAACCUAUUUCCACGAGCUAAACUGUUCAAAAUCGAAAAACCGAGAGUACUACACUAAGCACCGCCGCAUGACCUAUCAAGGGACGGACGGACCUGUUGCGUUCCAUGGGGUAAUUGUCCGUACAAGGAGAAAGCCCUCACUCGCUGCAUAGAUAUGUCGCACUUAAUCCAUCCAUGGAUAUGCCUCUGUUCACUGCAAUUUGCAUCGGUUCAUCUAUCAACGUUGUUAUUUUAAAAAAAAGGAACUACCCAACGUUGUUCCCCUAAAACAACAAAUCUAUCAGCACUUUCCCCUAAAAAAAAAAUCAAAUCUAUCAGCGCUGCUGCAGUGUGCCGUCGAGGAGACGCACUGCGGCGGGAUCGACCCAACUGCAUCGCGUCCACGCCCUCGCCGGUCGCUUGCCGCCUUUCCCUCCACCGUUCACCGCACAGCCGUAGCCUCUCCCCAAUCCGGCGAUCCGCCAAUCCCCACCAUGCCGUGCUGCCGUUGGCUCGUUGAAACCUGCAGGAUUUCGGCUUGCAACCCAAUCCUCAGUUUCCUUCACGAGGUGACAAGCAGGGGCCGAUGUGGAAGAGAUUUCUAGCACAUGUUGGACCAGGAUUUCUGGUCUCCAUGGCUUAUCUUGAUCCUAGCAACUUGCAGACUGACCUGCAGGCUGGAUACAGUCACAGAUACGAGUUAUUAUGGGUUCUCUUGUUUGGGUUCAUCUUCGUGUUGAUCAUACAAUCAUUGGCUGCAAAGCUGGGUAUCAUUACAGGUAGGCACCUUGCCGAGCUGUGUACGAGUGAAUAUCCAAAGUAUGUCAAGUACUGCCUAUGGUUUCUUGCGGAGCUAGGUGUGAUUGCUGCCACUAUACCAGGAGUGUUAGGAACUGCUUUAGCCUACAAUAUGCUGCUUCACAUUCCUUUUUGGGCUGGAGUUCUUAUUUGUGGAGCUAGCACUGUCCUGCUUCUUGGAUUACAAGGCUAUGGGGCUCGUAAAAUGGAGUUCACUAUAGCAGUUGCUAUGCUUUUUAUGGCCUCUUGCUUCUUUAUAGAGCUGAGCCACGUCAAUCCUCCUAUAAAAGAGCAGCUUGAGGGACUGUUUAUCCCAAGACUCAAAGGACGUUAUGCUGUCUCAGAUGCGGUUGCUCUGUUCAGUGUUCUUGUUGUUCCGCACAAUCUCUUCCUGCAUUCUUCUUUGGUUCUGUCAAGAAAAAUACCAUCUUGUUCCAAAGGAGUCAAGGAUGCAUCUACGUUCUUCCUGGUUGAGAAUGCUUUGGCUUUGUUUCUUGCACUACUUGUAAAUGUUGCUGUUGUGUCACUCUCUGGCACCAUAUGUGCGAAUAAUCUUUCACUUGAUGACAACAACAGAUGCAGUAGUCUUUCGUUGAAUUCAGCAGCUGUACUAUUCAAGAAUGUUUUGGGAAAAUCAAGGUCAACUGUAUACGGUUUGGCAUUAUUGGCUUCUGGACAAAGCUGCACGGUAGUUACCACCUAUUCUGGCCAAUACAUCAUGCAGGGCUUCUCAGGGAUGAGGAAAUGCAUCAUAUUUCUAAUUGCUCCAUGUCUCACCGUUGUGCCCACUUUGGUGGUUUGCAGCAUUGGUGGUGCUUCACGCGUUCGUCAACUUAUCAACAUAGCUGCGAUCAUACUAUCCUUUGUGCUGCCAUUUGCGCUUGUUCCUCUCCUGAAAUUCAGUAGCUGUCGUACAAUGAUAGGGCCACACAAGAACUCAACCUGUAUCACCCGAAUCUCAGGAAUCCUGUCUGUGGUGAUCAUCGGCAUUAAUACAUAUUUUUUUUGUACUAGCUUUGUCAGUUGGCUUGUCGAUAGUGACCUUCCAAGGUUUGCUAAUGCAAUCAUUAGCACCCUUGUCUUCCCUUUCAUGGCAGCUUAUAUUGCUGCAGUCAUUUACUUGACUUUCAGAAAGGUUAGUAUUAAUGUCGCACUCCCAUCCAGAUCAGUUUCUUGUGAGAUUGAAGUGGAAGAGGUACAAAGGCAAGACGAUAAGGAUGAUUGUUUGGCUGUAAAUUGUGGGGUCUAAAAGAUUGUUCCAUCCAAUGGAACAAGGUAGUUUCUGACUUCUGCAGGACUCAGAAAUCAUCCAAUUGCGGCGUUCCAAUGUAAUUCUUUGAUCAACAAAGCAUCAACUUGUGCAUGUAUAGCAUAGCAUCAACCUGAUUGAAGGUGUAUAUAGCUGAAAAGCAUAUUCUGGGUCCUUUUAGUUAGUCAAUUGUUCAUCAUUUUAAACUAGGCAGCUAGUAGAAACAGCAAGUAGAAGGAACUUUAGGGAUGGCUACUUAUUUUCUCUGAAUUUUGUUUGGAAACAGCGACCGGUCCGCGCAUGACAUUGCAUUGGAAAUUUGGAACUUGGAAGUGUAUCUUCUGUUUUUCAAAUGUUUUUUUGUGUGUAAAUGUAA